GCGCGAGUCGAGCGGUCGCGGGCUCUCGCUCCGCCGCGGAGACGCUGCGGCGGCCGGGGCGCCCGAAGGGGAACCCAGCAUGUCGCUGCCUCCGGAGAAGGCGUCCGAGCUGAAGCAGCUCAUCCACCAGCAGCUGAGCAAGAUGGAUGUCCAUGGCAGGAUAAGAGAAAUCCUUGCUGAGACCAUACGGGAAGAACUGGCACCUGAUCAGCAACAGUUAUCAACGGAAGAUUUGAUCAAAGCCCUUAGACGCCGGGGAAUCAUUGAUGAUGUGAUGAAAGAACUUAAUUUUGUUACUGAUAAUGUUGAUCAAGAACUCCCUUCCUCUCCAAAACAACCUGUUGGCUUUACUGACAGACAAUCAACGUUGUUAAAAAAAACUAAUAUUGAUCCAACACGGAGGUAUCUUUACCUUCAGGUUUUGGGUGGAAAAGCUUUCUUGGAACACCUGCAAGAACCUGAGCCUUUACCAGGACAAGCUUGUUCAACCUUUACUUUAUGUUUACAUUUUCGAAACCAACGUUUUCGUUCUAAACCUGUUCCAUGUGCCUGUGAACCAGAUUUUCAUGAUGGCUUUUUACUUGAAGUACACAGAGAAAAUUUAGGUGAUGGAACUAGAAUGGCUGAUUCAACAACAAUGUUAUCAAUAAGUGACCCAGUUCAUAUGGUGCUAAUCAAAACAGACAUAUUUGCCGAGACCACUUUAGUAGCAUCCUAUUUUCUUGAAUGGCGAUCAGUUUUGGGCUCAGAAAAUGGAGUCACCAAUCUUACUGUGGAACUUAUGGGUGUAGGCACAGAAUCAAAAGUUUCUGUGGGAAUUUUAAAUAUAAAACUUGAGAUGUACCCACCACUCAAUCAAACAUUAUCUCAGGAAGUAGUGAACACACAGCUUGCUUUGGAACGUCAGAAAACUGCAGAGAAAGAGCGGUUAUUUCUUGUGUAUGCUAAGCAGUGGUGGAGAGAAUAUUUGCAAAUUCGACCCUCACACAACUCACGGCUGGUUAAGAUUUUUGCACAGGAUGAAAAUGGGAUAAAUAGACCAGUCUGUUCUUACGUUAAACCACUUCGAGCUGGGAGGCUUCUGGAUACUCCAAGGCAAGCAGCAAGAUUUGUUAAUGUCCUUGGUUAUGAAAGAGCCCCUGUUAUCGGAGGAGGAGGUAAACAGGAACAGUGGUGCACUCUGCUGGCCUUUCUCUGUAGAAACAAGGGAGACUGUGAAGACCAUGCCAACCUCCUGUGCAGCCUCCUUCUCGGAUAUGGGCUGGAAGCCUUUGUCUGUGUCGGGACAAAGGCCAAGGGAGUGCCCCACGCAUGGGUUAUGACGUGUGGGACUGAUGGAACCAUCACUUUUUGGGAGAGUUUAACAGGACACAGAUACCUCCACAAACCUACCAAUCCUGAUGAGCCUUCAGCUGCUGAACAGUCCAAACCGUUGUACCCGUAUCGAACAAUCGGUUGUGUUUUCAAUCAUCAGAUGUUCCUGGGAAACUGUCAGCCCUCUGACUCAGUAGAAAGCUGUGUGUUUGAUUUGAAUGAUGAGUCCAAAUGGAAACCCAUGAGUGAGGAAGCAGUUAAAUCCGUGUGUGCUCCAGGGGCCACGACGUCCCUCCCUCCCUUCCCUCCGCUGUGUGCGUCCACAAUCGAUGCUUCGGUAACAAGCAAUGAAAUUGAAAUGCAGCUCAGGCUACUCGUGUCAGAACACAGGAAGGAUCUUGGCCUCACUACUGUUUGGGAAGACCAGCUUUCCUAUCUCUUAUCACCAGCUCUGGCAUCUUAUGAAUUUGAGCGUACAACCAGUAUAUCUGCGGGCAAUGAAGAAUUUCAGGACGCCAUCAGGAGGGCUGUACCUGAUGGUCACACAUUUAAAGGGUUCCCGAUACACUUUGUGUAUAGAAAUGCGCGGCGCGCCUUUGCCACGUGUCUUCGGUCUCCUUUCUGUGAAGAAAUAAUCUGUUGCCGUGGAGACCAGGUGCGACUGGCAGUUCGUGUCCGAGUGUUUACUUACCCUGAAUCUGCAUGUGCUGUUUGGAUCAUGUUUGCUUGUAAAUAUCGCUCGGUACUAUAGGACUAACUAACAUUUCUAUAAGAAUAUACCUGUAUUUUAUUGGAAUUUUACACAUUGUAUUGAUACGUUACUAGCUGUUUAGAGAUUCAUUAUUUUAAAAAUCACAGUCUGGCUUGGAUGUCAUAUUUCACUUUUGU